AUGCCCAUCCCCACCAACGGCCAUUCCCACUCUUCUUCUUACUCGAAGCUUCACAGUAAUGGGGCGGCAGCGAACGGCCAUCCGAAAACGUCGAGCCUAUUGAGCCAAUUCAUAGAGGCCUCCAGGCAGCUCGAAGCAUACAAGAAUGGGACACCAGUGCUCGUAGAUGGCAAGACGCUCUCUAUACCUGCUGUCACGGCGGCUGCGAGGUAUCAAGCGAGCGUGACGCUGGACGAAGCGCCCGCAAUCAAAGAUCAAGUUGCACGAAGCCGGGCGGUCAUCGUCGACAAAGUCAGCUCAGAAACCAGUGUAUAUGGCGUCAGCACUGGUUUCGGCGGCAGUGCUGAUACACGCACGAAUGACCCCAUCAUGCUGGGCCAUGCACUGCUUCAGCACCAGCACACCGGUGUACUGCCGUCCGCGAUGGACGUUGCACCUGGUGCGCUGCCUCUCCUAGACCCUUUGGCGUCGACAAGCAUGCCGGAGUCAUGGGUUCGAGGUGCAAUCCUGAUCCGGAUGAAUUCUCUGAUCCGCGGUCACUCGGGCGUCCGGUGGGAAUUGAUCGAGAAGAUGGGUGCUCUGCUUCGUGAAAACGUCACGCCAUUAGUGCCUCUGCGAGGCAGUAUCUCAGCAUCUGGCGAUCUCUCACCUCUGUCGUACAUCGCGGGUACAUUGACGGGCAACCCCUCUAUCCGUGCCUUCGUUGGACCCUCGAAGUUUGGGCCUCGACAGAUCGUUCCAUCUAACCAGGCGCUUUCUGCUCAUGGCAUUGAGCCAAUCCCUCUUGCGUCGAAAGAGCACCUGGGUAUUUUGAACGGUACUGCGUUCUCCGCCUCGGUGGCAGCGCUUGCCCUCCACGAUGCCGUCCACCUCGCGAUGCUCGCACAGGUAUGCACGGCUAUGGGCACGGAGGCGCUCUUGGGCAUGCAGGGCUCGUUCGACCCCUUCAUCCACGACACGGCUCGCCCGCAUCCCGGCCAGGUCGAGGCCGCGGCGACGAUCCGUGGCCUGCUCUCUGGCACGCAACUCGCCGUUGCGAAGGAAGAGGAACGCAGCAUCAAGGAAGAUGACGGCGAGCUGCGCCAGGACCGCUACCCCCUCCGCACGUCGGCCCAGUUCCUGGGUCCGCAAAUCGAGGAUAUCUUGUCAGCGCUCGACACUGUCACGCUUGAGUGCAACACCACCACGGAUAACCCGCUCAUCGACGCGGAGACCGGCACUGUGCACCACGGCGGCAACUUCCAGGCAAUGGCCGUGACGAACGCCAUGGAGAAGACGCGCCUCGCGCUUCACCAUAUCGGCAAGCUCUUGUUCGCGCAGUGCACCGAGAUCAUCAACCCCGCCAUGAACCGCGGACUGCCGCCGAGCUUGGCCGCCACCGACCCCUCGCUGAACUACCACGCGAAGGGCAUCGAUAUCCACGUUGCGGCGUACGUCGGCGAGCUCGGGUACUUGGCGAACCCCGUCUCGACCCACGUCCAGUCCGCCGAGAUGCACAACCAGGCCGUGAACUCCCUGGCCCUUGUCAGCGGCCGCGCGACGAUCAACUCGCUGGAGGUGCUGUCGCUGCUGACCUCCAGCUACCUGUACGUGCUCUGCCAGGCGCUCGACCUCCGCGCCAUGCAGCUCGAGCUGCAGGAGGGCAUGAAGGCCGUCCUGGCCGAGCAGUUCGCCGCGCACUUCGGCGCGUCGCUGUCCGCGGCGGACCGCGCGCGGCUGCACCACACCGCCUGGGACGCGAUGGCCCACGCGCUCGACAGCACGAGCACGAUGGACGCCAUCCCGCGCAUGCACAAGGUCGCGUCCGCCGCGACGACGCACAUCGUCGACUUCUGCAUCUCCAGCGGCGCGGCUGGCGCGCUCGGCGUGCUGAGCGCGUUCCGCGACGCCGUGGCGCAGCAGAGCGCGGACCUGCUGAUCGCGCUGCGCCGUGCAUACCUCACGGGCGAGCGCGGUGCCGCGCCCGCGAGCGCAUUGCUCGGCAAGACGCGUGCCGUGUACGAGUUUGUGCGGGUGACGCUUGGGGUGCGCAUGCACGGCCUGGAGAACCUCGAGGAUUUCGCGAAAGGGCCUGGCGUCACGGAUGCCACGCUGGGGCAGAACAUCUCUCUCAUUCACGAGGCCAUCCGCGACGGGAAGAUGCAAGAUAUUGUUAUUGGUCUGUUUGCUUAG